AUGUUGCAAAUUGAACAGGAAAAUUUACUUAUACAAAAAACACUUACAGAACGGUUGUUCCCAGUUGAAGGAGACUCACUCAAGUCUCUUGAUCGUAUCAUUACCGAUUUCGACUUUACUACAUACCAUAUUAGCACUGUGUCUGGUGACAAGGGCAAAUUGCUUAUAUCGAUUAGUCAAAAAUGUUGGGACGAUUUAGUCAAGUGCGAUAAUGUUGCUUACUUGCAAUCAAAGUACGAGCAAUACAAAAGCUUGACCAUUUUAGACAAUUCUCAAAUCGAGCAAGGUUACAAUUAUUCACUUAUCUUAGACACGGAAGCCUCUGUCGCGCAGGAUGACGAAGAGACCAGAUUAAAGUUAAUUGAGGACCUUGCACUUCUUAGACGUCAUUCCAUGGCAGCACCAUUCCAUAAGGCGUUUAAUAGGUAUGAUGAACUAGCAAAGAAAUAUGCCAACUCCAACACUUACGCGGAGGAAAUCCAACAAGAGUUGAGUGGCGAAGAAGUCAUUGUUAUAAAAUACAGGGGUGUUGAUGAGACAAUCUACCUUAAACCUUCAUUUGAUCGUGUUACCGUAAUUUUUUCAACCUUAUUCCAGGAUGAAACAGAUAAGGUGUUUGGUAAGGUUUUCUUACAGGAAUUCGUUGACGCUAGAAAGAGAUCGGUGCAAACUGCUCCACAAGUCUUGUAUUCCCACGUAGAUGCUCCGUUGGACAUACAAAACUAUAUUCCACAAUCGAAGAAGGGCAAGAUCAAUGAUGAUAAUAAAGGAUAUGUGACAUUUGUAUUGUUCCCUAGACACUUGGUUCGUGGCGACAAGAGAGAAAACUGUAUUUCGCAUAUCCAGUUGUUCAGAAACUAUUUCCACUACCAUAUUAAAUGUUCCAAGGCGUACAUGCAUUCCAGAAUGAGAUUCAGAGUGAAGGAAUUUUUGAAGAUUUUAAAUAGAGCCAAGCCAGAGAAUGUGGAUGACGAAGGUAAGGUUAUUGAAAAUAGAAAGACUGCAAGUGGAAGAAGAUUCGAUGUUAAGGCAUAG